UCACGCUUUUGUCUGAACUGAAGUUCUUUUCGAUUUAAUUAAUGGUGUUAAUUACCACAAUUAUUUGUUCAUCCCCCCCACACUUUCCAGCCUUCUUCUUUGUUCUGAACUUUGAUCACAUAUAAAAACUGCAUCUCUCUUCCUCACUAAUUCAGUACUCAAUUAUCCAGUUUUAUAUUUUCUUUUUCUUUUUUGUUUUUUUAAUUAAUAUAUAUCUAUUUCCCAAACAUGCCUUCUAUUAACAGUGAUGAUUUUAUUACAAAACCUAUAAAAAUCCGAGAAGUGUGGUCCCACAAUCUAGACUCCGAAUUCGAGCUCAUCUCCGAUCUCGUCGAUCGUUACCCGUUUGUCUCGAUGGAUACGGAGUUUCCCGGAGUUAUUUUUAAGCCGGCGCCGGCGCCGAUGAACUCAAACCCUCGCCGCCGUGGACCAGUUCCGCCGCCGCGGAGACCCUCGCCUUCCGAUAACUACCGGAUGAUGAAGCGCAACGUGGACGCUCUGAACCUCAUUCAGCUAGGACUCACGCUCUCCGACGCCGCCGGAAACCUCGCCGAUCUCGGAUCCGGCGAGAGCUGCAUCUGGCAGUUCAACUUCUCCGACUUCGACGUGGCGCGUGAUCCGCACGCGCCGGACUCGAUCGAGCUGCUGAGGGCCCACGGGAUCGACUUCGAGAGGCACCGCGCCGCCGGGAUCGCGUCGGCGCGGUUCGCGGAGCGGAUGAUGUGCUCCGGGCUGGUGUGCAACGACGCCGUCAGCUGGGUGACGUUCCACAGCGCGUACGACUUCGGGUACCUGGUGAAGAUUCUCACGCGCCGCUCGCUGCCCCGGAGUCUGGUGGAGUUUCACGGGGUUCUCAGGGUGCUCUUCGGGAACAACGUCUACGACGUGAAGCAUAUGAUCCGGUUCUGCGACAGCUUGUACGGCGGGUUGGACCGGGUGGCCCGGAGUUUGAACGUGAACCGGGUCGUCGGGAAAUGCCACCAGGCCGGGUCGGAUAGCUUGCUUACGUGGCAUGCGUUUCAGAAGAUGACGGAGGUGUAUUUUGUGGAGCGCAAGCAUGAGAAAUACGCCGGUGUGUUGUUUGGAUUAGAAGUUUACUAAACAAAUCGCUCCCGGAUUUUUAGGAUAAUUAUUCAUUUGUUUAUAAUUUAAAAAUCAUUUAUUAAUGAUAAAGUAAAAUAAACUAUUCUUUAUGAUUUAUCAAUG